GACAAAAGUAAGAAGACUAAGGGAAAAGAAAGAGUAACAACAGCAGAUAGAUUAGUUGAUAAGGUGAUAGUUGAUGAACGUUCAGAUUAUGUGCAAGCACUUCACCGAGCACCUACCACACAGCGUAAAGAGUAA